AUGACUGUAGGAGCAGGAAUAUCUGUUGCUGAUGGCAACUUGAUGGUGUUGGGGAAGAAAGUUAUGAGUCAUGUUCAUGAUAAUGUUCUUGUUACUCCUGCAUCUGGUGGUUCCUUGCUCAAUGGUGCAUUCAUUGGUGUUUCAUCUGAUCAAAAGGGUAGCCGCAGAGUUUUUCCCAUUGGCAAGCUUGAGGGUUUAAGAUUUAUGAGUCUUUUUCGGUUCAAAAUGUGGUGGAUGACACAGAGAAUGGGUAACUGUGGAGAAGAAGUCCCUGUUGAGACACAGUUUUUGCUUAUUGAAGCAAACAAAGGUUGUGAUAUUGAUGGAGGGAUCAACGAUGGCGAAGAAGAUCGUGAUGGUUCUACCUACGCCGUUUUGUUGCCUCUUUUGGAAGGAGAUUUUAGGGCGGUUCUUCAAGGGAAUGAUCGAAAUGAAAUUGAGAUUUGUGUUGAAAGUGGGUGUCCUGAUGUUGAGGAAUUUGAUGGGACUCAUUUGGUGUUUAUCGGGGCUGGAUCAGACCCUUAUGAAGUUAUAACAAAUGCUGUCAAGACUGUUGAGAAACACUUGAAGACAUUUUGUCAUCGCGAAAGAAAGAAGAUGCCAGAUAUGUUGAAUUGGUUCGGUUGGUGUACAUGGGAUGCUUUCUAUACCAAUGUAACUUCGGAGAAUGUGAAAGAAGGAUUACGCAGUUUUGAGGAAGGUGGAAUUCCAGCUAAAUUUGUGAUAAUUGAUGAUGGAUGGCAAUCUGUUAGCAUGGAUCCAAAUGGUACUGAAUGGAAAGCCGAUUCUGCAGCAAACUUUGCGAAUCGGUUAACUCAUAUCAAAGAGAAUCACAAAUUCCAGAAAGACGGUAAGGAAGGUCAACGGAUAGAGGAUCCUGCGAUGGGACUUUUUCAUAUUACCAAUGAGAUAAAAAAGGAUCAUGCCGUAAAGCAACUGUAUGUGUGGCAUGCGAUAACGGGAUAUUGGGGAGGUGUUAAACCUGGUAUUAGUGGCAUGGAACACUAUGAGUCAAAUAUCACAUUCCCUAUCACGUCUCCCGGAGUCAAGUCCAAUCAACCAGAUGAAGUUUUAGAUACAAUGGCCAUCAAUGGACUUGGUCUUGUGAAUCCUGAGAAAGUUUAUCACUUUUACGAUGAACUUCACUCGUAUCUAGCAUCUUCUGGUAUCGAUGGUGUCAAAGUUGAUGUUCAGAAUGUCCUUGAAACUCUUGGAGCAGGACAUGGUGGGAGAGUGAAACUUGCAAGGAAGUAUCAUCAGGCUUUGGAGGCAUCGAUCUCGAGAAAUUUUCCUGAUAACGGAAUCAUUUGUUGCAUGAGUCACAAUACAGAUGGAUUGUAUAGUGCAAAGCGUUCAGCGGUUGUUAGAGCAUCAGACGAUUUCUGGCCGAGAGAUCCUGCAUCACACACGAUUCACAUUGCGUCAGUUGCAUAUAAUACUAUUUUCCUUGGAGAGUUUAUGCAGCCAGAUUGGGACAUGUUUCAUAGCCUACAUCCAAUGGCUGAAUAUCAUGCUGCUGCAAGAGCUGUUGGAGGAUGUCCUAUUUAUGUCAGUGACAAGCCUGGACACCAUGACUUUAAUCUUCUGAAGAAGCUUGUACUUCCGGAUGGUUCUAUCCUAAGAGCUAAACUUCCAGGAAGACCAACCAAAGAUUGUUUAUUUGUCGAUCCUGCUAGAGACGGAAAGAGUCUUCUAAAGAUAUGGAACAUGAAUGAUUAUUCUGGAGUUGUUGGAGUAUUCAAUUGCCAAGGAGCUGGUUGGUGCAAAGUUGGAAAGAAGAACCUUAUCCAUAAUGAGAAUCCAGGCACAGUAACAGGCAUCAUUCGGGCUAAAGAUAUCGACUAUUUAUCCACAGUUGCAGAUGAUGAAUGGACAGGAGAUGCUGUUAUAUUUUCUCAUCUUUGUGGAGAAGUAUUUUAUCUUCCAAAGGAUGUUUCUAUUCCAAUAACCAUGAAAUCGCGAGAAUAUGAAGUUUUUACAGUAGUCCCUGUGAAGGAUUUACCAAAUGGUGUCAAAUUUGCUCCCAUUGGCUUAAUCAAGAUGUUCAAUUCAGGAGGGGCUGUCAAAGAGUUCGGUUCUGGAUUUAAUGGAAAUGCAAAUGUUUCAAUGAAAGUGCGCGGUUGUGGCAUAUUCGGAGCUUAUUCAUCGGCUCGGCCGAAGUUGAUAACCAUUGAUUCAGAAGAGGUGGAAUUCAGUUAUGAGGAAGAAUCAGGAUUGGUGACUAUUGAGUUGAGUGUUCCAGAGAAAGAGUUAUACCAAUGGAACAUUUCUAUUGAUUUUUAA